AUGUGUGAGCAAGUCUCUGUGAUCGAGGAGCUCGGUAUGGAGACAAAGGGGAGAAAUGAGCAAGAAACCGGAAAUGCUUGUGUUUCGGUUGAGAGAAUUGGCUCUACCUUACUCUCAUCUCUAGUGAAGAAAGGGAAAGAAACAUCAAAUAAGAGAAAGUAUAAUAAACGCAAAACCGAGGAAGAGAUCUGUUCGAAAUCGAGGAACAAGAAGUAUUCUCGGGGAUGGGUUCGUUGCGAGGAGAAGGAGGAGGGGAAGAAAACGAGGAAGAGGAAGAGUAAGAGGAAACAAAAGGAGAAUAAGGUGGAGGUAGAUGAAGCGUUACGAUUGCAGAGACGAACAAGCCGGGAGAAGAUAAGACCAGACAAGGAGCUCGAGAGAGCUCGGAAACAGAUCUUAAGCUGCAAACUAGGAUUACGCGACGCCAUUCGUCAGCUGGACCAGCUUAGUUCGGUGGGAAGCAUCGAAGAGAACAUGAUAGCUCCAGAUGGUUCUAUUCAUCAUGACCAUAUAUUUUGUGCUGAAUGCAAUUCUCGAGAAGCUUUUCUAGACAAUGAUAUAAUACUUUGUGAUGGAACUUGUAAUCGAGCAUUUCACCAGAAGUGCCUUGACCCUCCUUUGGAAACAGAAAGCAUACCUCCAGGAGAUCAGGGCUGGUUUUGCAAAUUUUGUGAUUGCAAAAUGGAAAUCAUCGACACAAUGAAUGCCCAGAUAGGAACUCAUUUCCCUGCGGACAGCAUCUGGCAGGAUAUCUUCAACGAAGAAGCUAGUCUUCCUAUUGGAUCUGAAGGUACAGUUAACAACGAAGCGGAUUGGCCUUCGGAUGACUCAGAGGAUGGUGAUUAUGACCCUGAAAUGAAGGAAAAUUGCGGAGGAAGCAGCAGCAGAAGUGAUAGUGGUGGUGGUUGUGGUGGUGAUAAUAAUGAUGAAGAAAGCAGUUCGACGAGCGUGAGCUUAGCUUCUGAUGGUGAAGCCCUUUCAACAGGUUCGUGGGAAGACCAUGGAUUUAGCAAUAUGGUGGAAUCAUGCGAGACAAGUAAUGAAGAAACUGUAUGUGGGCCAAGACAGCGGAAGACUGUUGACUAUACAAAACUAUACCAUAAAGAUCAACAUGUUGAAGAAAUACCGGAACAGAGCGAGAAAGAGAAAGAUUCUGUCUCUGUCUCUUUAGAAGGUAAAGGAGGGCGAAGGCCGAUGUUCAGACUCCCAAGAGAUGCAGUUGAGAAACUACGCGAAGUGUUUGCAGAGACUGAGCUUCCUUCAAAAGCUGUGCGGGACAAGCUUUCAAAAGAGUUGAAUCUUGAUCCAGAGAAGGUCAGCAAAUGGUUCAAAAAUGCACGGUAUAUGGCUUUGAGGAUCAGAAAGACCGAGAGUGUGAAACCUAAGGUUCCCUCUGGAGACUCUGGACCGGAAGCAGUCCUGGAUAAAAACAUAGAAACGAAUGCAAUUCAAGAUACCGUGGACGAAACCGUUGUGGAGAAGAAAACAGAAACAAAUGAAGUACAGUAUACUGUGGACGAAACCGUCAUGGAGAAAAACACCGAAACAAACGAGAUUCAAGAUACUGUGGGCGAGACUGCCAUGGAGAAGAAUACAGAGACAAAUGAAAUUCAAGGAACCAUGGACGAGAUUGACACAGAGGCGAAUGAACAUCAAGAAACCAAGGACGAGAUUGACACAGAAGCGAAUGAACUUCAAGAAACCAUGGACGAGAUUGUCAAAGAAGCAAAUGAACUUCAAGAAACCAUGGACGAGACUAUUUCGCUCGGAUUGAAUGAUUCUAUGAAACAGACAAGAAUUUCUCCCUGUAAUGAUAACCAGGAGGAAAUUCAACACGCCAAUGUCUCCCUUCCUACACCCAUAGAAGAUGAAAGUCAACAGUAUUUCGAGCAGGAAGACUCUUCUCUCACUUUGGUGACACAUGAAGAAGAAAGAAGCUUAAAGGCGCCUCUCGAGGAUAAGGAGACAGAGCACAAAAUGAGCGAGGAGGAAAAAGUCGAAGCAAUGCUGGAGGUACUUUGUAGGGCACAGAACAAGUUACUGGAUGUGACGCAGAGGCUUGAGAGAUAUAGAACACCGAAAGGUCGUAAAAAGUUAGGAAAGUCUUCUUCUUCUUCUUGUUCACCUGAAGAAGACUCAGUAGUGUAUGUUCCAACAGCAGAGAUCAAGGAGAAGAGGUAA